CUACUGUGUGACGUCACCGCGCGUCAGCGUCUGCGAAGCUAAACAGGAAGUGAACGAAGUACAGCGUGACUGCGCCGAAAUGAUACACAUGUUGCAAAUCAGUACGAGUUUCAGCUAACCAAAUAUAUAACCAAUAGCGCUGUUUGGAAACCAUGGCAUGUACAGAUUUCAAAAGUUUGGUGCAAAGAUUUUAUGUUCUUCAAGCUGAGCGAGUGGAAGCAUUCAAGCUUUUUGAUGAGGGUCAUGAGGCAUAUUUAAGGACGGGCCCGCACUAUGACUUUGAGCACUACAAACAGCUGGUGCAUGAGAUAACAAAAGCAUUCUGUGGCAUUUCCAAAGAAGUUCUGGAAAUUAAAGAGCAACUGCAUCAAGACUUCGACCGGCCUGACCUCUCUGAACACAUUGAGAAACUGCAAGUUAAAGAAAAGGAGAAGCUCGAGCUGACAGCUAAGUUACAGCUGGCAAAGCAAAAUGCCCAGGAUCACCCAGAAAAUGAAGACUUCCAGGAGAAAGUUCAUCAGAUCAAACGGGAUAUAAUAAAGAAUACAGCAGCUUUGGCCGAUAUUCUGCAAGACUUCAAGUAUGACUCCGAAGAACAGGAGUGAGAUGGAUUCAGUGCUUUCUGAACUUUCUGUUUUGAUGGAGAAUCAUCUAAGGUAUCAUGUUAAGGUCUUUGGAUGUUGUUAAGACUGAGCUACUGAUGUAGUUUAAAGUUUUGGAGCGUUUAGCAUCUUUUAUAUGUUAUGGUCAACAUGGUUUCGAACAUAAUGCCAGUUGUGUAAAUAAAUAUGUCAAGUCUUUUGUAUCAAAAAGUUGGUUAAUUAACUUAAAAAUGUAAGUUACCUGGUUGCCUUAAAAUUUUAAUCUAAUCUAAUUUAAUCUUUAAUUUAACAAAAAAUAUAAAAUAAAGUAGUUGACAACAAUUUUGACAUCUUUUUUAGUCAACUAAUAUUUUUAAGUUGAAUGAACUCAAAAUUUUAAGGCAACCAGGUAACUUCCUUUUUUAAGUUGAACAACAAAUCUUAUGUGUUGUAUUCAGGUUCAAAUCCGAAGAACAAUGCCUGAUGUUUCCUAAUUUUUUUUACAAACAAAAUGUUAAUAUUUAAAUGAAGCUUUUCAUGAAAAAAUGCUUUCGUUAAAUGAUCUUCCCUGUUUUUCUUCUGAAGUACAUUUAAAUUGUUACGCUUGUAAAUGGAAAUAAAAAUUUUGUAUUACAUACACUGUAAAAAAGUAUUUAUUUAUAAACAAAAAAAGAUAAAGGAAACAUGAUGCAUUAAGA